UUUUCUGGCAAAGGGUCAGAAACUUUCUCAUACACCAGAAGCUUCAAUAAGGGAUUUGCCUUUCCGCCUUUCCUUUGUCAUCUUGCUGCUUGCCCACCUUUACAAAGGGUAAAGAUUUUUGCAAGCUUGAAACUCCGACCUGUUGCAAUUUAUGAUGUGAUCCCGAGAAUUGUUGCAGCAGAACCGGACAACUUCUUGGAUUCAUUCUUGCCUUGUGGAAGAAUGGAAGAAGCUGAACUGCUGAAAGAAAGAUUGCAGGCCAUCACGGACAAGAGAAAACUGCAAGAAGAAAUCACACAGAAACGCCUUAAAGUAGAAGAAGAAAAACUAAAACAUCAACAUCUGAAGAAAAAAGCUCUGCGUGAAAAAUGGCUCUGGGAUGGAUUAAAUACAUUUAGUCCUAAAGAACAGGAAGAAAUGCAAAAACAGAGUCGAGAGGAUCAACAACAGAUGAGUGAGCUGGAAGAAAAUAUCCUCAGACUUGAAAAAGAAAUUGAAGAUCUUGAGAAAGAGGAACUGACAAUCUCAGCGAAAGAAAAGGCCAUACUAAAAAAGCUUAAAUCAGUUGAAAGGACCACUGAGGACAUUAUAAAGUCUGUGAAGGUGGAAAGAGUAGAGACCAGAGAAGAACCUGCUGACUACAUAUAUGCCAAUAUCCCAGACCUCCCCAAAUCUUUCAAACCAUCUGCACUUAAAAGGACGAAGCAUCUUGAAACGGAGGAAGAUGAAGAAAACCGAAAAGCCCUGUUUGCUAUGGAAAUCAAAGUUGAAAAAGAUAUGAAGACUGGGGAAAGCACAGUUUUAUCAACAAUACCCCUUCCAUCAGAUGAAUUUAAAGGUGCAGGAGUGAAAGUGUACGAUGAUGGCCGAAAGUCUGUCUAUGCAGUGUGUGCCAAUGGAAACAUCAAAACCAAUGAGGUGGAUGGCCUUGCACCUGUUGAGGUGGAGGACCUCUUAAGACAAGCAACUGAAAAACAGGCCAAGUCACCCACUGAAUAUCAUGAGCCAGUAUAUGCAAACCCAUUCUGCAGACCUACAACUCCUCAGAAUGAUAAGUCAACCCAGGAACUAAAUGGCGACAAAGGUGCUACUCCAACUAAAAUGAACAGACUUGAUUGUUUUGUUAAUGAAACAGCCAGUAAUAAAGGUAAGCUGCUUGAUACCAAAGAAAAUGGUUUAGACCAUUCAAAGAGCUGUCAGAAGAAUUCUCACUCCCCAGCUCUUCAUCAAACAGCAAGUGCUCUAUCAAUUAGCCCCCCAAAGAAGGUAGUAACAAAUAUUCAAAGAGAAGUUGUACAAGAAGCUGUGGAGCCUUAUCACAAGAUGAGACACGAUCCAAAAUUGAGAAACUCUGUAGACACAAAUGAAGGGCCUUCUCCUGUGACAUUAAAAAGUGAUGAAGAGUCUAGUUAUAGCGUAGUCCAAGCUGUACCAUGUUACGUGGAUGAUACGGAACCUGUUACAAUGAUCUUUAUGGGAUACCAGCAUGUGGAUGAUGAAGAACUGAAUAAAACUGUCUGUGGAUAUGAUGGGAUUAUCCAUGCAGAACUUGUUGUCAUCGAUGAUGACGAUGAAGAAGAAGAAGUAGUAAAAGAAGAAGAAGACAGCAAAGGGGGCCCAAAAGUUGAGACACCCUUGUAUCAUCCAGUGGGUCCUUACAGCCAGGUCUACCAGCCACCCAGCCAGACAAGUGCAAUUCGGGAAGGAAACUCCAGCAAAACUGCUGGUGACAAUAUGAAUGACUCACCUUACAAAAAUUCCAUAUCACUCAAGGAACAAGAGGAGAGUUUAAGCCACUCUACAUACAACGGUCAAAUCGAAAGCCAGCAAGCAGGUGAUGGAACUGAAGAUCCCUCCUUAACAGCUCUGAGAAUGAGAAUGGCAAAACUGGGGAAAAGGGUGAUUUAACAUCUCUAGCGGAAUAAGGCUAAAUAUCUGACUAUGUGAUAUGAAUCAAAAGAAGAAUUUUCUGCAUUUUGGACCCGGGUGGUUUUUGCUUAUUCAAAUAUACAUAUAUAGAAAUAAUGGCACUUUAUAUGGACAAAUACUCGGACAGAGAUAGUAUGCCACUCCAGAUCCAUAAUAGUUAAAAAUUGGCAUCCCUUUAAGAAUGACUGGUAAGAAUGAUAGGAAACUCCCAGUGUUAUGAUUUGUCCUAGGAACUUGGAAACCUAUCUUAGAAAAGAUAACAGAGAAUUUUGUUACAUGAAAAUUCUUUCUUUCUCCUUCUUGACCACAUGAGCUGCUAUAGCAAGAGUGGGCAACUGUGGGAUAGUAGGGGGCACAUUUCCCACACUUGCCCCUGCAAAAACAAAAAUCACCUGUUUGCCUUCAAAUGCCCUCUUAGGGACAAGGGGUCAUUUUGACCAUGCUUUAGCACCUUCUUAGGCUAUUUUAAGGGUUAAACCCAUUUUUUAUUUUGAUUUUGUCUUGGGGAGCUCAAGACAACACCAAAGACGAUGAAGCUGCCCCCCCCCCAUACCACUUAAAGGGAUUUGGAGAGUAUUCUGGGGUAAAUAUGUGUGACUUCCAUGGGGUACAUACAGCCAAUGAGCCACACUUUGCCCAUCUCAAUGCUAGAAUGUGACUCUUGUAUAUUCCCCACAAGCAUUUACUUGACCAGAUACCAACUAGAAUUCAUCAUGAUACUUGUAAUCAGGCCUCCACAUUCACUAGGGUUAGGGACACAGAACCAUCAAGAAAGUGAGAAACUAUAAAUAAAAAACACUGAGAAUACUUCUCCAGGAUCUCUAGGUCUUCCAGUACCACUCUGCUGUCAACAUCCACUGGAAACUGACACAAGGGGACCUAAAGAUUCCUAGAGAGAUCAUUAUAAUCAACUUUGCAAAAAUCAGAGCUGCAAACAUGGAAGGUUCAGAGUACAUCCUCUCAUCUUAAACAUGAGACAUGUUCUUUUUCCCAUUUGAUUCUUACUGGAUAAAUGGUGAAGAAAAUGUUAAGGAAAGACACGAUAAUUACAGACCCAAAGACAGGGUGAACUUCAUGCCAGCAGCCAGCUUUGGUCAGAUUUUAUUCUUCCCCCAGUUGGAUAUACCUUCCUGCUUCAAAAUUCUUGCCUGCUAUGGAAAUGGAUACCUGUAAUAUGUCUAGCACUAACUUGUUUUACUGAAGGCUAUGUUUCUAGUGUCAGCUAGCUUCAUAUUAAUGAAGUACAUAUAUUUGCAAGCAGGGGAUUGCUAAAUGAAACAACAUUUAGCUUUCAAAUUUUACAUUUCUAUUUGUCUCAGGAAGUUUAGGCUCAUGUGGAGCUUUCUAUUUGUUCAACUUGGCCAUCCUGUCUAAUAGUUAACUGCUAUUAAACCUGAGCAAGAGCACCACACAGUGUCUCAAUAGUGGAAAUGGCAUUCCCAGUGCUUUGUUUAUGUGGAAAUAAUACUAAGUACAGCAACACUGCCCCUUUGCUACAAAAGAAAGAAAUGACAAGUAACAAGGAAAGAUGGAUUUGUUGGAAAGUCCAUCCUGUGAAAAUGUGUCAACAAUAUACUUUAUGAAACA